AUGGGCCUGGAGCUCUACCUGGACCUGAUGUCCCAGCCCUGCCGCGCCGUCUACAUCUUCGCCAAGACGAACGGCAUCCCCUUCGAGCUGCGCACCGUGGAGCUGCUCAAAGGCCAGCACCACAGCGAUGCCUUUGCCCAGGUGAACCCCCUGAGGAAGGUGCCAGCCUUGAAGGAUGGGGACUUCACCUUGGCUGAAAGUGUGGCUAUCUUGCUGUAUCUGAGCCGAAAGUACAAGACCCCUGACCACUGGUACCCCCAGGACCUGCAAGCCCGUGCCCGGGUGGAUGAGUACCUGUCAUGGCAGCACACAGCCCUACGGGAUUGCUGCAUCCGGGUCAUGUGGCAGAAGAUGAUGUUCCCUGUGUUUCUGGGUGAGCCAGUGCCCCCUGAGACUUUGGCGGCCACUUUGGCUGAGCUGGACAGGUGCCUGCAGCUGCUUGAAGACAAGUUCCUGCGGAACCAGGCCUUCCUUACUGGGUCCCAUAUCUCUGUUGCUGACUUGGUGGCCAUCACGGAGCUGAUGCAUCCCGUCAGUGCUGGAUGCCAAAUCUUCGAAAGCCGACCAAAGCUGGCUGCGUGGCGCCAGCGUGUGGAGGCUGCAGUCGGGAAGGACCUCUUCCAAGAGGCCCACGCAGUUGUCCUGAAGGCCAAGGACCUGCCUCCGGCGGACCAUGCCAUGAGGGAAAAGAUGAGGCCCUUAAUGCAGGUUUUGUUGAAGUGA